GCAGACGGGGAAAGUUGUUUGUCACAGCAGCGACAGAAUAUUGCAAGAAUAUAAGAAAAUUAAUGCUAAAAACACAUAGGAGACACACCCAUACAUACAUCCACUUUAAAAAAUCGCACAUAGCCCCUUUGACAAAUUAAGUGGUGAGAACUUUGCUUUAGCAGCACGAUUUAAGAUAAAAUACUGAGGUAAAUAAAAUACAAUGUUGAGCAAAUGAUGUGACAUUUUCUUCGUAUGUGUCAAAUGACCAUGUGUUCUUACAUCUGAAGAACAAGACUUGUAGGUUUACCUUUAAUAAAUAACUAAACAUGACUUUGGCUCUGAAUUGACUCGCAGAACGCUCGUUGUUCCCACUCUCUCUGCGGACCGUGAACGCGGCGCCGCGGAGGGGGUGGUGCAGCAGUUAAAUCCCUCCCCGGAUUUGACAACACGCACCUUCACUGCUUGUAAACAGAAGCUCACACGUGACACCGCGAGCCGAGCGGAGCCGCGCGACCGUCCGCAUUGUCUCCAACGGACAAAGAGCGUCACGGUGAGCGGCAGGGAGCGCGAGCCAGGUAAACGGACAGGUGUCAUGACAACCGAAGCCCCGCGAGGGAAGCCGACCUCUCAGCCUCGCUCUCACCGCGCUGACCGAGCGCGUCUGGCCGCCUGAACUUCUUCAUGUCCGGACGUCGAACCGGACCGUGUGGACGGAAAACGACGUCAGCUGCGAUCUCAGCAGCUGCGCACGAGCGGCGCUGGACGGUCUUUGUCUCGGUCGUGUCCGCGGCUCCUCCGAACAGAACAGAUUCUAGCUCUCAUCCGACGUUAGCUGCCCUCAGCUAGCGGCAGCCGUUAGCCUCCGAACCAGAACACACUGUUUUGUUGCUAAACGCGGAUCCCGCUCGUCGUGUUUUCACUGGCUGGAUGAGAUGUCAUUCACGAUGGAGGAGAACUUGGAGUCCGGGUGGGUGUCCGUCCGACCCAAAGUCUUCGACGAGAAAGAGAAGCAUAAAUUCGUCUUUAUCGUGGCCUGGAACGACAUCGAGGGAAAGUUCGCCAUAACCUGCCAUAACAGAACCGUACAGAGGCGGUCCACGGUCCUGGACCUGGACCUGGACCUGGACGCCGCUGCGCUUCCUGUCCCCGAAAAACACAGCAGAAGUCCGAUGUCGACGGGUAAAGUCAGACCGCACUCGGUCCCUAAAGGCACCACGAAGGCUUUAAAAGUCUCAAAGACUGCCGAGUGUUUGGGCUCGUGGGAUGUUGUGACGCCGCCGAAGGUGCUGGACAUCGAGAUCCUGGACCCGGUGGAUGUCCCGCUGUCUCCGGAUGAUCCGGACCCAGGGGACAGUGAAGGGAACGGCCGUGAGGACUUCAGCUGGGCCGGGCUGUUUUCCAUCCAGGACCUGCGGGCGGCCCACUACCAGCUGUGCGCCGUCAACUCGGACCUGGAGCCGUGUCUACCGCCGUUCCCCGAGGAGCAGUCCGGCGUGUGGACGGUGCUGUUCGGCGCCUCGGGAGUGUCUCAGCGGGAGACGGACGCCCUGUGCUACCAGCUGCAGGUGUACCUGGGUCAUGCCCUGGACACCUGCGGCUGGAAGAUCCUCUCACAGGUGCUGUUCUCCGAGGAGGACGACACGGAGGAGGAGUACUACGAGAGCCUGAGCGAGCUGCGGCAGAAGGGCCACGAGGACGCAGUGGAGCGGGCCAAGAGGCGCAUGACGGAGGUGUUGGACCGACACAGAGCCGUGGACAGCAUGGUGGAGCUGCUGCAGGUGUAUCCCGAGGAGGACGAGGCGUACGGAGGGCUGCUGGAGGCGACGACUCAGCUCUACCACUACCUGCUUCAGCCUUUCAGGGACAUGAGGGAGCUGGCGAUGCUGCGCAGACAGCAGAUUAAGAUCUCCUUGGAGACGGAGCGUCUGGGUCCUCGUCGCGUCGACAGCCUGAGGAAGGAGGAUGAGGAGUGGCAGAGGAAGGCUCACGCCGCCGUCCUCUCCAUCCAGGACCUGACCGUCAAGUUCUUUGAGACCACGACUCGAGCACAGAAAGCUUUGUACGAGCGGAUGCGCGCCGACCAGAAGAAGUUUGGAAAGUCGGCGUGGACGGCGGCCGUGGAGCGAAUGGAGCGGCUGCAGUACGCCGUCUCCAAAGAAACGCUGCAGCUGAUGAGGGCCAAAGAAAUCUGCCUGGAACAGAAGAAGCACGGCCUGAAGGAGGAGAUGCAGAGUCUGAGAGGUGGCGAGGAUGCCAUGCUGCGUCUGGACCAGCUGGAGGCGCUGUACUACGAGCUCCAGCUGCAGCUGUACGAUAUCAAGGCGGAGGUGCUGCGCUGUGAAGAGCUGCUGCUCAACGCUCAGCUGCAGAGUCUACGGAGGCAGAUGACAGAGCGUCAGGACGAGGUGGUGUACUACGACGCCUUUGAGAGCCCCGACGCCAUGAAGGGGGAAGAAGACCCCGCGACGCCGCCGUCCCCGCUCAGAGACGAAGAACUGGGCGUCCUGCAGCAGAGGACGCGGCAGCUGGAGGCUCGCCGCGGCCGCAUCACCGCCAAGAAAGUCUACCUCAAAAACAAGAAGGAAAUCUGUAUCGUCAAUCACAACCAGAAGACACAACAGCGACAUGGUAACCAUGGUGACAGCAGCAGCCUGCCGACGCUGCUACAGGGAGGAGAAGCCGACGAGGACGAAGCCCAGAGAACUUCCAGCAUGAGUCAGGAGAGGACGAGGACUCUGGACCGACUCCGCAGCCUCAAACAGCGUUAUCCCGGUCAGGUGACGCUGAAGUCCAGCCGGCUGCGUCUGUCUCAGCCUCACAGCCGGAGGCGAGGCGUCCAGCAGCCCAGCACGCAGGCGGCCGGCGUCCAGACCGACUGCAUCUCAGAUCUCCCAGAACUCUCUGCUCCGCCUCCGGCCGACGCCUGCGCCUGCGACAGCGUGUCUCUACCUUCAGUCCAGCUCCAAACUCUGGACGCUUCGGCUCCCUUCCUCUCCCUGCCUCCCCUCUCAGCCUCCCCGGCUAUCCUUUCACUGGCUCCUCCUCCCCCUCCGCCUCCUCCUCCCCCACCUCCUCCUCCACCACCUCCACCUCCCCCCUCAGAGGAGCAGCAGGAUGAAGGCCGGGAGACGGGCAGCCCACUGCGACAUCUCACCUGCGAGUCUGAAUCUUCUUCUCUGCCUCUGGCUCCAUUUUCCCCUCGAUUCUUCGACAGCAGCCAGCUGCUGACGGCGAGGAAGAAGCUGAGGAAGACGGCCUCGCUGGACUCCUCGCAGUGGAGGAGAGCGAGCUCUCCGAUGGACGAGGUCCUGGCCUCCCUCAAGCGGGGCAGUUUCCACCUGAGGAAGGCCGAGCUGCGAGUCCUGGCGCCCGACCCGGACGACGACAGCAACAACAUCCUGGCUCAGAUCCGGCAGGGCGUCAGGCUGAAGAAGGUCCGGACCCGGCCCGAGCAGCCGCGCCACGCCAAGAGCUUCACCCACUCCGCCGACGCCCUGACCCGCAGCAUCCACGAGGCUCUGAGGAGGAUCAAAGAGGCCUCGCCCGAGUCCGAGUCCGAGGACGAGGGCCUCCCGUGCACUGACUGGGAGAACUAGUCCGGCUCAUCAGAGGAAUGUGUUUUUUAAAGGUUCAUGGAGCCGAAGCGGCUCAGGAGGACGAGCGGGGUUGAAUCACCUGGAGAUACCUCGGUGCAAUCUGAACAAAAACCCUUGAUUUCUUUUUUUACCAUCAGAAAACUGCUCAGAAGUGCGUUUUCUUUCUUUUUUUUUUUUACUUCUGUGUGUCGUUUGUAAAGAUGGACCACUAAUCUUUUUUAUGUUGGUGUUGCUGACGAGGAUACAACCUCUAACCUCUCGUUACGUCAGAGUCGUACUGUAGCUCGCUGUGAUGGGUUUGUUUCAGGACGCCAGUGUUGAGUUUUCACUUUUUUCCUUUCAGCUGACGACCCAGGAAACGUUCAGACUCUCGUCACUGAACGCAGCUGCUGCAGCUCUUUACAUUCACGUGUGACGACCGUCUGUGCUGUAAACUUUAGUGCAUGAAGACGCCUGAACAUGUUCACAGGAUCAGAUCCCACAUCGAGGAGAAAUUCAUUCGAUACAGAGUGAAGAAACAACAAGACGUCUACUGAAGUUAGCAUGCUAACAGCUAGCCUCCUAACAGCCCUGUAGCUCAGAGUCGAACAAGCCAACAAGAUUAACUCACUAAAUGUCAAGAAAGGAAAUAUUUCGACACAUAUUUUCAUUAUAAACAGAAAAAUGCAACAAGAUUCUCUGUUUAAUCUGCUUGUUAACUCAUCGUCAAACUCACUCUUGGAAAAUAUAACGACAGAAAGAUCUCUUAACUAGAAAACAUCAUCACAUUAUUACGUUACUGAGGGAAAACGUUUGUUUUCUCGUGAUGACAAAGUUAAUUAUCUCAUCAUCAUCAAACACAAACACAUUCAAACUUCACGUGAAUGAAGUAAAAAGUGUUUCAGGUGGUUAAAAUAUUAUUAAAGCUGAAACAAGUUAGCAGAAAAUAAACCAGCAACUAUUUCAAUAAUAAAUUAUUCAUUUAAUGACUUUCUCUUAAAGCAAAAAGUCAAAUUAUUCUCUGGUUGUGAGAAAAGUUUCUGUAAACUGAAUAUCUGUUAGUUCAGAAACUGAUUUUCACUGAAGGAUUCAUCGAUAAUCUGCAGAUGAAUCGAUAAUAAACAUCCAAAGACAGACAGGAAACAUUCAGAUGAUCAUGAAUCUAAAACCAUCAGCUGAUGCAGAAGCAGGUCGGCGCCCCCUGCUGGUCGCUGACUCAUCUCUUCUUCACUGCCUUCAUUGUUUUCAGAUGCGUUUCAACUUUAUUUGCUGUUGUUGUUUGUUGUGAGUGUGAAUUUAUUUUUUAUUGUGUGUUAACUGUCAAAACGUUAAACUGAAAAGCUGAAGUCAACAAGUCGUGCACUGAUGCUGAAUUUAAAUGAGUUUUAGUUCCACGUGUUUGUUUUUUUUUCCUUCUGGUUUGAAGAGAUCGAUGAAGAGCUCAAACACGGUUACAGUCACGGCUACGGAAGCCCUGAGCGGCCACGUUUCACACAUUAUUUCCUCCAUUUUAACUUGACAACACCUUAAUGUUUCACACAUUAUUUAUGUCGCUGCCACAAAAUAACAAAUGUCUUCCUAAGACGCAGCAGCAGGUCAGUUCAGUUUGAGAAGCAACGUCAGAUAAAAAAAUUAACUCAUUAACACAAAAACAUUUAUCUUUUCAUGAUAAUGACUUUCUUUUCUGGAGAUCGAGAAUAUUGUCUUAUAUUCUUAGUAAAAUAUGUCAUUUGUCAUCAGGAAAUGUUAAUAAUCAUCUCUGAAAAAAAGUCAAAGUUCAUUAUGUGGAGCUCUUGAGGAAAAUGUUCCUGUUUUCUCAGUAAACAUUUGUUAUCUUGUGAUAAAGACAUAAAUAACUCACCAUCUGAAGAAAACUAAAUGUAACCUAUGGCAGAAACUGAGAGGAAAUAAUGUGCAGCGGGUCCGUUCAGGCCCAGACGUGACGACGGUGUCACAGAACUUCACGAUGUCGCUGAACGUUGUCAGUCUGUCGUGUUCGGCAGCAGGUUAUCGUCUCUCUUUACGUCACUUUGUUUUUAUUUUCUACGUUUCCGUUCAGCGUGUCGUCAUCGUUCUUCUCCCGCCCUGAAGUUUGACCUUCAUGACCUUAUGCAUGUGAGUGGUUUUAGGACGAACCCAUCACAACGUAAGUGCAAUAAUAACGAAGACGAAAGUCAUUUUAUGAAUUAUACUGUAAUGAAAUGUAAAUCAUGAAAAAUAUAUCCGCAUGCCUAAAUGUAUUGAAGUAUUUAUUUAAGACUUCAUAUUUGAAAUGAUUUUUAAAGCAUACAAAUGUAAAUCGACUUUAUAAUGUUUUUCAUUUUUCGUUGUUUUCUUUCCUCUUUAUAUCCCAGUUAUAUAUUUCCUUUCCUUUCAAAAUAAAAUGAAGCACCAACCUG